AUGUCAACCAGCGAAAAAAACCAAACCGGAAUCUGCAAAAACGUUCCGAAUCUCAUCUCCUCCUUCGUCGACACCUUCGUAGACCACUCCUUCUCCGGCAUCUUCUCCUCACCCCAUCCCACUCCACUCAACGAGUCUCCUCCUCCACAAACUCGUUUCGAGAAACCAGACCGUCUCGUCGCCAUCGGCGACCUCCACGGCGACCUCAACAAGUCCAAGGAAGCCUUCCGUAUCGCCGGCUUGAUCGAUUCCUCUGACCGAUGGACAGGCGGAUCCACCGUGGUUGUUCAAGUCGGCGACGUGCUCGAUCGAGGCGGAGAUGAGCUGAAGAUACUGUUUUUCCUAGAGAGGUUGAAGCGUGAGGCGGAGAGAGCAGGAGGUAAGGUUGUGACUAUGAACGGGAACCAUGAGAUUAUGAAUGUUGAAGGUGACUUUAGGUUUGUUACUAAGGAAGGUUUGGAGGAGUUUAAAGUUUGGUCUGAUUGGUAUUGUUUAGGGAACAAGAUGAAGAGUUUGUGUAAUGGUUUGGAGAAAGUUAAAGAUCCUUACGAAGGGAUUCCCACGAGCUUCCCUCGUGCUAAACCAGAGUGUUUUGAAGGGAUUAGAGCUAGGAUUGCUGCGUUGAGACCAGAAGGUCCGAUUGCGAAGAGAUUCUUGUCUAAGAACCAGACAGUUGCUGUUGUUGGAGACUCUGUGUUUGUUCACGGUGGUCUUUUAGCUGAGCAUGUUGAGUAUGGACUUGAGAGGAUUAACGAGGAGGUUAGUAGUUGGAUUGAUGGGUUUAGAGGUGGGAGAUAUGCGCCGGGUUAUUGUAGAGGAGGGGACUCUGUUGUUUGGUUGAGGAAAUUUUCUGAUGAGAGGCCUUAUAAGUGUGAUUGUGCAGCUCUUGAACAUGCUCUUUCCACUAUUCCUGGGGUUAAGAGGAUGAUCAUGGGACAUACGAUUCAGGAGAGUGGGAUUAAUGGGGUUUGUGAUGAUAAAGCUAUUAGGAUUGAUGUUGGUAUGUCCAAGGGAUGUACUGAUGGUUUGCCUGAGGUUUUGGAGAUAAGGAAGGACUCUGGUGUGCGGAUUGUGACUUCUAAUCCAUUGUAUAAGGAGAAGCAUGACAGUAAAACGGGUCUGGGUUUGCUGGUACCAGUUGAACAUGUUCCUAAACAAGUUGAAGUCAAAGCUUAA